UCAGUGUAGUGAUAUAUUUCAUAAUCCUUAUAAAUCUGAACAUUUCAGGCUGGUUUUUAGACACAUAUUUGUGCUAUAUAUUACCAUCUCAAAUGUGCUCAAACAUGUUUAGAACUAUUAAAGGCAAAAAAGCAACAAGCAUUAUAUUGUCAUUGAUAUAUCUGAUGUGAGCAGAAAUGUUUCAUUGAUUUUUUUUUUAAUAACUUUUAAUGCAUCCCAUUUGUGGAGUAAUGAAAAUGUGAUGGUAACGGCUGUAACGCAAACAAAAAUUGUAUCCCAAACAUGAAAAUUACCUUUCAGAAAAUUCACUGUAGUGUUAUCAGAAUUUGAGACUUAAGGGGGCGGAGGUUCCCCUGAUUAUGGUAUUUUGAGUCAGGCUAAGAGGAACUCUCCUUCCCCCUCCUUAGGAGCUCUGUAACUGACACAUUUUGAGUGAGUUAUUUAGCAGAAGUUUUUAGUGUUAAUUGUCAUAGCUGCUAACCUGUAAACAUUGAUGUUUCUAACAUUCAAACAAAAACUUUUUCUGGUGCUGUGUAUGGCAGAUUUUCCAUACCCUUAGCUUUGCCUACUCUCCUUAAAAUAUUUAUAUUAUCUCUUGUAUUUGUAUUAUUUACAUAAUAUCUCCUCUUUACUGCCUGUCACAUCAGUGUUAUUUAGGCCACAAUAGUGGAAUUCUUACUAACCGUCCACUAUUAAUAGUAUUGUGUUAUGCUGCACUGCAGUGUUUUUUAAAUAUGAAGUAUUUCGUUUUUAGCGAGUAUAUUGUAUAAAAUAGUCCAUGGGCUAUUUUCUUGUAUAUUGCUUGUAUGUUUUUGCAAGGAAUCCACUCUGUCUCGCUUUUAUUCUUGUGUCUCCUCCCUCUGAUGGAACACAGCAAGUUACAUUAACUCUUUUCAUUACUCUGGCAUAAGGACACAAAUACUUUUGAAAUAAGUAAGGCAUACCAAUGCGAGAGUAAAUUAAUAUUUUACAGCAUUUGCAUCAUGUUUGACUGUUCUCUGCACUUCAGCAGAAUAGCAGGAGACUGUAAUUUGGACUCCAUAAAAUCUUAUCUGCCAGGUGAUACGUAAAUAGGACUGUGUGUGCCCACGUCAGUAUACAAGCCAGCACUCUCUCAACUGUUAGCUCAUAGAGCAAGCGCUCUGCAAAUCCACGGUACCUGCACCUUGUUUGAAAAUGAUGAUCAAGUAUUUUGAGGCUUCAUUUGAGAUGGGACUAGAUAAAAUCAAGCUUCCCGACCCCCCUUAAAACAAGUACUGUGUAAGAGUAAAUAGAAUUUUAUGAGCUUCUGUUUAACUUGGCCACCAUUUGUAUUUGUAACUCAACAAGCUUCUUAGUGGAGGGAUCGUGUCUUCUAAGGACUUCAAAGACGUGAUAGUCAAGAACAGCUUCCUUCUUUCGCUGCCCUUAAAAAUUACAUGUGGGGAAGCUAAGGUCUAGAAAAUGUCUUUCUUUCUUUAUCUGUAAUUUUUCCCUUGGAUAAACAAACUAGUUGAUUCCUGUAACCCAUAUCCUUUAAAAUAGCAGAGUACGUGCAUAUUAACUAACGCAGGAAAAGGGUCACUAAGCUGAAUGGGAAAAAAGCAUGUUUCAAAAUAAGUACGGUAUGAUUCUGUAGACACGAAAAUGUCCAAAGCAGUAUAUACCGUCCCGGAAAUCUUCCUUUGCGUAUCAGUCCCAAGCGUGCAAUUGAUGCUUAAAUAAAUACUUGGUGAAUGGAUUGGUUAGAAGUAAGAAUACUUUGGCUACUAUUCAUUACUUUGAAAAGUGUUGGAAAGCAAGCGAAAUUAUUUUCCUUUCCAGCUGGGCUGUGCUCUUAAAAAUAGUGUGUAUGGAUGAAAAUAAUCCUGAGUACUGAGAUGUGUUGCCAUGCACCCAAGGAUAAUUGGCUCACUUACCUGUUUACAGAUUAUUCACAUUGGAGAUCAUAUUCAUAGCUCCAGAAUAGUUUCUUUCUGACACCCAGUAUAAUCCUGGGCCUUCUCCUUCCUACUGCUACCUGGCGUGGGCUUAGGAAACCCAAACUAAAUUUAAAACCAGCCUAAACAAAUAUGCAGAUCAGCUCCAGUAAUCAAAGACUGAAAAUCAGCCCAGCAAUGACUAGCUUGGGGAUUAUUUUAUACUCACUGUGCUACUGAUUCUAUUUAACGUGGACAGUUGGGAACUGCCAGUAUUUAAAAAUAUUAUUUUACUAGAUAGGACUGGAAACUCCGUUAGCAGAUCAAGUCCUCAACUUCUUCCAUUUCUAUGCAUAGGUCUUUACCUCACAAAAACUACUACAAGCACCAGGCUCCCUGAUGGAAAGGAAGCUCGAGCAGCCCGUCAGCAGGGUGGUCCCUUCAAGCUGCAGACUGGUCUGUGAUCUCUGGCCGGCAGUCUCCUCCUCCGCGGCCGCUGCAGAGAAGUGCGUUGCACAUCAGCAUUCUGGAACAAAAUGAAAGAGUUUAUUUUGAGGCCUCAAAAAUAAUCCUGCUGCAGACCACGAGCAAGAGAGAAGGAGCAGACCCCAGCCUGCACGAAUGGUCCUGAAACACAAGUGGUCUCGGGUCUAGGCAUUUUACACUGAGUUUCUCUACUGCCACCCUUUUCUGCUCAAGCAAAAUCUGUGUGAAAAGAUCUGCUGGGAAGGACCUGACUGCUUCUGAUUCUCCAUUGUGAUGAAAGCACAUGGUACAGUUUUCCAAAGAAAUUAGUCCGUUUUCUGGGUGAAGAGGAGACCAAUCUGCUGUUCUCACAGGGGAUUUCUCCUGUCUCUGUGAAAGGAAGAAAGGACACGUCUGAGCCUAGGAGCGCUCCAGCUUCUCGGAGGAAGUCUCCAUGGUGAAGGAGAGGCUGGGCCUACCUGUGAACAGCGCACAGUGAAUGUUAUUCCAGAGAGGCUGCUGGCGGAUCGCACCCGCGGGGAGAUGAUUCCUCAUGAAGAGCCUGGAUCCCCUACCGAAAUCAAAUGUGACUUUCCGUUUAUCAGACUAAAACCAGAGCCCGCCAGACAGUGAAACAGUCACCGUGGAGGGGGGACGGCGAAAAAUGAAAUCCAACCAAGAGCGCAGCAACGAAUGCCUGCCUCCCAAGAAGCGCGAGAUCCCCGCCACCAGCCGGCCCUCGGAGGACAAGGGGCCCCCGGCGGAGCUCGGUUUACAACAGGGAAUAGGUUUACACAAAGCGCUGUCCGCGGGGCUGGACUACUCCCCGCCCAGCGCUCCCCGGUCCGUCCCGGCGACCACGACGCUGCCCGCGGCGUACCCGCCCCCGCAGUCCGGGGCGCCAGUGUCGCCCGUGCAGUACGCCCACCUGCCGCACACUUUACAGUUCAUCGGGUCUUCCCAGUACAGCGGGCCCUACGCCGGCUUCAUCCCUUCCCAGCUGAUCUCCCCCACGGCCAGCCCGGUCACCAGUGCGGUGGCCUCUGCCGCCGGGGCCGCCACUCCGUCCCAGCGCUCCCAGCUGGAGGCCUAUUCCACUCUGCUGGCCAACAUGGGUAGUCUGAGCCAAGCCUCGGGACACAAGGCUGAGCAGCAGCAGCAGCACUUGGGCAGGACUGCGGGGCUCCUCCCCCCGGGGUCCCCACCGCCCACCCAGCAGAACCAGUACGUGCACAUUUCCAGCUCUCCGCAGAACGCCGCGCGCCCGGCCUCCCCGCCGGCCCUCCCCGUCCACCUCCACCCCCACCAGACGAUGAUCCCGCACACGCUCACCCUGGGGCCCUCCCCGCAGGUCGUCGUGCAGUACACCGACUCCGGCAGCCACUUCGUCACCCGCGAGGCCACCAAGAAAGCCGAGAGCAGCCGGCUGCAGCAGGCCGUGCAGGCCAAGGAGCUCCUGAACGGGGAGCUGGAGAAGGGCCGCCGGUACGGGCCGCCCACCGCGGCCGACCUGGGCCUGGUGAAGGCGGGCGGCAAGCCCGUGCCCCACCCCCACCCGUACGAGUCCAGGCACGUGGUGGUCCACCCCAGCCCCGCCGACUACAGCAGCCGAGACUCCUCGGGGGUGCGGGCCUCUGUGAUGGUCCUGCCCAACAGCGGCACCCCUGCCUCCGACCUGGAGGUGCAGCAGGUCACGCACCGGGAGGCCUCCCCCUCCACCCUCAACGACAAAAGUGGCCUGCACUUAGGGAAGCCGGGGCACCGAUCCUACGCGCUGUCACCCCAACAGGCCCUGGGCCCGGAAGGCGUGAAGGCCGCCGCCGUGGCCACGCUGUCCCCCCACACGGUCAUUCAGACCACACAUAGUGCUUCAGAGCCACUCCCGGUCGGACUGCCGGCCACGGCCUUCUACGCGGGGACCCAGCCGCCUGUCAUCGGCUACCUGAGCAGCCAGCAGCAAGCAAUCACGUACGCGGGCGGCCUGCCCCAGCACCUGGUCAUCCCCGGCACCCAGCCCCUGCUCAUCCCGGUCGGCAGUGCUGACAUGGAGGGGUCCGGAGCGGCCUCGGCCAUAGUCACUUCAUCACCCCAGUUUGCUGCAGUGCCUCACACGUUCGUCACCACCGCCCUUCCCAAGAGCGAGAACUUCAGCCCAGAGGCCCUGGUCACCCAGGCCGCCUAUCCGGCCAUGGUGCAGGCCCAGAUCCACCUGCCUGUGGUGCAGUCCGUGGCAUCGCCCGCAGCAGCCCCCCCUACGCUGCCUCCCUAUUUCAUGAAAGGCUCCAUCAUCCAGUUGGCCAACGGGGAGCUGAAGAAGGUGGAGGACUUAAAAACGGAAGACUUCAUCCAGAGCGCAGAGAUCAGCAGCGACCUAAAGAUCGACUCCAGCACCGUGGAGAGGAUCGAGGACAGCCCCAGCCCGGGCGUCGCCGUGAUACAGUUUGCCGUCGGGGAUCACCGAGCACAGGUCAGCGUGGAAGUUUUGGUAGAGUACCCUUUUUUUGUGUUUGGACAGGGCUGGUCAUCUUGUUGCCCGGAGAGAACCAGCCAGCUCUUUGACCUGCCGUGUUCCAAACUCUCCGUUGGGGAUGUCUGCAUCUCGCUCACCCUCAAAAACCUGAAGAACGGCUCUGUUAAAAAGGGCCAGCCCGUGGAUCCUGCCAGCGUCCUGCUGAAGCACUCAAAGACCGACGGCCUUGCGGGCGGUAGACACAGGUAUGCCCAGCAGGAAAACGGGAUCAAUCAGGGAAGUGCCCAGAUGCUCUCCGAGAACGGCGAACUGAAGUUUCCAGAAAAAGUAGGAUUGCCGGCCGCGCCCUUGCUCACCAAAACAGAACCCAGCAAGCCCACGGCCACGAGGAAGAGGAGGUGGUCGGCGCCGGAGACGCGCAAACUGGAGAAGUCGGAAGACGAGCCCCCUUUGACUCUUCCUAAGCCUUCUCUCAUUUCUCAGGAGGUUAAGAUUUGCAUUGAAGGCCGCUCUAACGUAGGCAAGUAGAGGCAGCGAGAGGAAAGGAAGUCCGGCCCUCCUUUGCCGUUUGUAUCCAGAUUACUGUACUGUAGGCUAAAUAACACAGUAUUUACAUGUUAUUCUCUUACUUUAGGUUUCUGUUAUAACCUUGUCCUUAGAGUUACAGCGGGUGUCGGGCAGGAGACUGGUGCAUAUGCUUUUUCCACGCGUGCGGGGGGCCGGGGUGGCCCCAGUCCAGGCUCGGGGCGGGCAUCCUGGUGGAAACGAAUGUGGCUUCACGGCGCCUGCCUUUUCCAGCCGCACGGAUGCACCCACUGGGCGCCGACUUCUGCGGGUUUGGGGAGGACAUUCUGCGGGAAGGGAGCUGCGGGGGAGUGCGUGCGUGUGUGCGUCUGGGGGUGCGCGGGUGCCACGGCGAGUGAGGGUCUCUUUCUCUCCGCCUCGUCCUGUCUCCCUCUCUCUUGCUCUCAGCAUGGGGUCGGAGGUCCAGAGGAAUGUCCUCGGGAGGUUCUCCCGUGCAAAACCAAUGUCAGGAACCCAGCUGCAUUCAGGGCAGCGUAGAGAGGGAUCAGACAGCAGGUGGAAAGCUAACCGUGUGAAAGAACAUUCUUUUUCCUCCAACAUAUUUUACAAUAAAAGCAACUUUUAAUCAUAGAGAUAUAUAUUUCCCCCAUGGGGCCUGACUGCACUGAUAUUUUUUUAAGGAGCAGCUGCCACCCGUGGGAUUUCGUUUCUGUUAUACUAGUGCAGUGAUGUGGGCAGGGCGUCGUGGUGGGCAGGGCAGCCCCUGCUGGCAUCGCUCCACGUGGUGGGCGGCGGGGGUGGGGGAGAGUGAACACCCACUGUGGAUUCUGUGCAGUGUUAGGAAAACCAAUCAGGUUAAUUGCAUUGACUUUGCUCCCAAGAGAUAGAUGAAAACUACCCUUCGAGAGAGCCACGGAAGCUCUUCUCGUUGGGUUUGCAAAUCUUUUGUCUUUUAACUCUAGUACUGUUUAUAGUUCAUGACUAUGGACAACUCGGGUGCCACUUUUUUCAGAUUCCAGUGUGAUGUGAGGAAUUAGAUUUUGAAGAUGAGCAUCUAUAUUACUAUCUCUAAGCACUUAAAAAUGCUGUUCACACUUUAUUACCAAGCAUCUUGGUCUAUCAUUCAACAAGUACUGUAUCUCACUUUAAACUCUUUGGGAAGAAAGACAAAAAAGAAAAAAAAAACAAGUUGCUUUCUUUUUUUUUUUUUUUUUUCAACACUGUAACUACAUUUCAGCUCUGCAGAGUUUCUCACGGAGCAAGAUAUUGAAAGUUUCAAUGUGGUUUAAAGGGAUGAAUGUGAAUUAUGAGUAUGUGACAAUGAAUGACCACCAAGAACAGCCUGACGGGAGGCACUCUUCACUUUGAUGUUCGAGAAAGAAUUAAAAGCAUAUGCAGAGCUGGCAGAGAAACUGAGAGAAAAGGGAUGGAAAAAAGAAUACUCACUUUUGUCCAGUGUUUUUCUUUUUAAGAUGAACUUUUAAAGAACCUUGCAAUUUGCACAUCUUGAGUUUAUAAUUUGUGUGAUAUUCCUGCAGUUUUUAUCCAAUAACAUUGUGGGAAAGGUUUGGGGGACUGAACGAGCAUAAAUAAAUGUAGCAAAAUUACUUUCUAACCUGCCUAAACUCUAGGCCAUUUUAUAAGGUUAUGUUCCUUUCAAAAUUCAUUUUGGUCUUUCUGCCGCAUCUGUCACAUGAAACCAGGUCUUAGCAGGACAACUCUGAGAAUUUUCUUCAGAUUCAUUGAGAGAGUUUUCCAUAAAGACAUAUCUGUGAGCAAGUUUUUUUUUUUAAGGAAACAAUUACUUUAUUGUUAUUAAUGUUAUUUUCAGAAUGACUUUUUUUUUUUCCAUCUGAAAUCAAAUCAAGAUUUCAUGUUUGGUACAAACCCAGAAAGGGUAUUUUACAGUUUAAAAUCUUUUAUUGCCAGAGUUCUGCACUAUUAUUUGUGGGGUUUGAGUGUGCAUCUUAAAAGCGCUUUAAAAAAAAAAAGUUUUAUAAGGAAGGAGACCUUUUUAAAUAUUCUUACUUGGAAUGGCUACAACUAAUCUGAACAAAUACCUGAUUUUUCUUUUAGCAUUGGAAAUAGUACUCUUUCCACUUCACAAGUUAAAAAAAAAUUGUAAUAUCAACACCUAUUUGGGCUGUCUAGUAUUCCUCCACAUUUAGCUCUGACCAGAACUAAUGAUUUUUAUAAACCAUUUUCUGGGGUGUACCAAAAACAUUUGCAUAGGUUUAGAACAGCCAGAACUGGUCCUGGACUUUCUUCGAAUUUCCUCACCCUCUCAGCGUGCUAGCAGGGAGCUGGGUGGACCCAUUCUUGCAGUCAUACUGCUUAUUUAGUGCUGUAUCUUUUUUUCUUUUUUUAAACGUUUCUGUUCAGAGAACUUGCUUAAUCUUCCAUAUAUUCUGCUCAGGGCACUUGCAAUUACUAGGUUCUGUUUUUCUUUCUGUUUUGAUGGUAAGAGGAAGACGGGGCUGCCACAGAGACUCUGUCCUCAUUAGUGCCACUGAUGACAGCAACUCAUGUGGACUCAGAGAAACACCCACCACCUUUUGGCUUCUUUCGAGUAGUGAACUAACUGGAUCACAACAUCAACACUAAAAUGGGGAAACAUACGUGGUUUGGAGCAAUAGGAACAUCAUCAUCACUUGUGUGCUUCUGUUUUCAGGUAUAGGAAUUAUCAACUAAUCGGUUCUUUCUACACCUUAUUCCAGCUCCCAUUUGCUUCUUUAGCAUGUGCAAUACUUCCUGUGCCAGUAGUCUGAUCGGUGUGCUCUAGAGAAAGCUCAGACCCCUUGGGCUUUUUCCUUCUUCCGUCCAUCUUUCCUGUCCUGGCCAGAGAAGGGCUGGAAGGAAGGAGCCAGGAAGGGGAGAGCUGCCCGCUGCGAGUUCCCCCUGCUGCGGAUGCCACGUCCUGGGGCAGGGAGUUUUCGGGAGCCCUGGGUGUCUUGUCUGUCGCCUGGUUGGAGAAAGAGCCAGUGAAAGGGAUGUGGGGGAAGGACUUCUCUUCCCCUGUCACCACGAGGAAUGGUGACCGUGCGGUGUGGAGAGGAAGGAGGCGGAGUCAUUUCUAAGGCACCCUCUGGAGCAAUAGAGCCAGGAUCAACCCUUUCCAUGGUCCUUUCCGCCAGUGGGCAGGCCCUUCCUCAGGUCUGUGUCCUUGAGACUUGGAGCCUCUGAGCGUGGGCAGGAAGCGUGGUGGCCUGUGGUGUGCGUGACCUGAGCAUCCGUUCACUGGUUGUGGAGGGGGCCACCUGUGAACACUGGUCACUACUCCUUUGUGGCAGCUUUCUCUUCAAAUAGGAAGGACAUCCAGAGGACAGGGGCCCUCCUCUUGUUUGCAGACGUUGGCGAGCCCCGAGGCUCCCAGGGCAGCCUUGGUCACCGCUCCUGCAUAGCAGACCUAACCAUGACAGGCAGAGAAAUUCUUCGGUGCCGCGCAGCUUAUGAGGAUCAGCCAUGUGCCUCUGUACUAAUGUCCACUUUGCAAUAUUUACCGAACCUGUCUUUUGUUCUUUCUUUCCUGUUUCCCAUUUUUCAACUAAUAACAGCAGGCCUUUUGCGUUUACAGUGGAACACAAUCACCAAGAAAUUAGUCAGGGCGAACAGAAGAAAAAAAAAA